AUGCCGAGGCCUGUUAGCUCCCAUCAACGGUGCCUUGCAGACUCGGAAUUGCCAGGGACUAAAAAGCAUCCUAUCCCAUCUCUACCAUCUUGGCCCCGAUCCGCCGGUUGCCAUCGUCCCUUGGACAGACACCUCCCUACUGUUCCUGCGCCGCCAGCAGAAAAGACCAUGUUUUCGCCCUACCGGUCCGUCUUUCUCGAUCGGCUGCACGCCCGCAGAACAAAUCAACACGCCCGAGGUGCGGAAACCCUGGUUGAGCUGGGUCGACUUCAAAGCAGGUCUGUUCUCGCCUUGCCUGAUGGUCAGUCGACCACGAUCCACGACAUCUUGUUCCAACCCACCAUUCUGGGUGCAUCGCCCCCGCUGCGGCCUCGUUCUUGGCACGACGAACUCGACCUUCCGGACAUGCAACAGCUCCUUCAAGACACCCAGAGGCCGCCCACACCACCGGCCUUCCGGUAUCACGAUGAUGCUUCUUCGGGCGACAGCUCCAUCUACGCCUCUGAACCGCAUCCAUCAUACACACAAUUGUUGAACCUGGAGGACAGGGGCUCGGCCGAAGCCAACGCGCCCACAGGCGGCAACCCAUGGCUGAGCUGGCCGCCCCCGUUAUUCCCUAAGGUGAAGACGUAG